CUGGGUGGGGCCCUAGAGAUUGGGAAGGUCUGCCCAGAGUGGGCUGACUGAAUCCUUGAACCACGGGAACUGCAAUCAAACUUUCUUCUUUUUCUGGGGCCCCAGACAUUAGUCUUCUUCUGGAAACAAAGUCCCUCUGCCUUCUUCUCUUGUGGCUGAGAUCCCUCUGCCUUCUGGAAGCCAUCCCUGUGCAUGCAGGUCCUAGGCACUCCCUGCUGGACCUCAGCCUGCCUCAAUGCCUGCAGCCAGCCUCCUGCCCAGGAAGAGGAGACAAAAAGCUUGCAGAAGACCCAGGCCUGGAGCCAGACGAAUGGCCCCUGGGAGCCCCAGCACCCCAGCACAGGUCUUGGUGACGUUCCAGGAUGUGGCUGUGGACUUCACCCAGGAGGAGUGGCGCCUCUUGGACCCUGGUCAGAAGGAGCUGUACAAGGAGGUGAUGCUGGACAAUGCUCAGAACAUGCUCUUCCUGGGUCUUCCCGUUCCCAGAGAAGAUUGGUUCUCCCAUUUUCACGAAGGGGGAGCUUCAUGGAUGCUGGAGGGAGAAGACCCAAGUAACUCCGGUCUGGAUGGAGAGAGGAGGCUUGAAAUGAGAGAGACUAAUGCAAAGCUCAUGGAAGAAUCACAAGAACUAACAUUUAUGAAUGAUGAUUCCUGUGACUUCAGUCUGACAGAAAUCUGUGACUCUGAUUUCACAAUAGAAAAAACAGAAGAGGUUCAUCAUAAAAUUGAUAAAAAUGGAAAGAAUAUCAGGCAAUAUUCCAUCUUAAUUCGGCGUAAGAAAAUGAUCUCAGGGAAUGACUAUUCUCAGGACAGUAAGUAUAGGGAAUGCUUUACUGAACAAGUGGAGUUUGUUGAGUCUCAUGAGAAGUCUCCUGUAUUACAAACCUAUCAAUGUCAUAACUGUGAGAUGACUUUCACUGUAAAAUCAGAACUAAUUACACAUCAGAAAAGUCAUGCUGGGGAAAUGUUUUAUACACAUAAUGAAGUUGAGGAGGCCUUCAGUCAUAAUUCAGAGCUCAGUGACAACCAGAAAACUCAAAAUGGAAAGAAACAUUAUGAAUGUAAUGACUGUGGUAAAGCCUUUAAGAAACAGUCAUCACUUAUACAGCAUCAAAAAUUUCAUACCAGCACAAAGCUGCAUAAAUGUAUGCAAUGUGGGCAAGCCUUCAGGAGACAGUCAUCCCUUCGUUCCCAUCAGAAAAUUCAUACUAGAGAGACACCUAAUGAGUAUCCAGAAUGUAGUAAAACUUCCAGUGAAAAGUCAUCCCUUACUGUAUGUGAAAGAAGUCGUACUGUAGAGCAACCACAUGAAUGUAAACAAUGUGGAAAGACUUUCACACAGAGUUGCCAUCUGGUUGUACAUCAAAGAAUCCAUUCUGGAGAGAAACCUUAUAAAUGUAAACAAUGUGGAAAGACAUUCAGACAAAGGGGCAAUCUUCAGGCACAUCAGAGAAUCCACACUGGAGAGAAGCCUUUUGAAUGCCUUCAAUGUGGAAAGAGUUUUCGGCUGAAAUCUAUUCUUACUGAUCAUCAGAGAAUCCACACUGGAGAGAAACCUUAUAAGUGUAAGCAUUGUGGAAAAACUUUCAGACAGAGCUGUACUCUUACUGAUCAUCAGAGAAUCCACACUGGAGAAAAAUCUUAUGAAUGUAAUCACUGUGGAAAGGCUUUCAGAAACUCAUCCAAACUUGCUCAACAUAAGAUAACCCACUCUGGAGAGAAACCGUUUGCAUGUAAUCAGUGUGGAAAGACUUUCAGAUCCAAUUCUCAUCUGCUUAAACAUCAGAGAAUCCAUACUGGAGAGAAACCUUACGCAUGUAAACAAUGUGGAAAGAAGUUCACAAAGAGGGGAAAUCUUGUUGUUCAUGAGAGAACUCACACUGGAGAGAAACCUUAUGCAUGUAAUCAAUGUGGAAAGACUUUCCCUAGGCCAGACAGACUUGCUCAACAUCAGAGAAUCCACACUGGAGAGAAACCUUAUGAAUGUAAUCAAUGUGGAAAGACUUUCAGACAAUACUUCAGUCUUACUGAACAUAAGAAAAUCCACACUGGAGAGAAACCUUAUGCAUGUAAUAAAUGUGGAAAGACUUUCAGAUGCAAUUCUGUUCUCAUUAAACAUCAGAGAAUCCACACUGGAGAAAAACCUUAUGCAUGUAAACAAUGUGGAAGGACUUUCAGACAUAGCAACAGUCUUGCUCUGCAUCAGAAAAUCCACACUGGGGAAAAACCUUAUGAAUGUGAUGAUUGCGACAAAGCUUUUAACAACCAUUCAGCUCUUCAUAAACAUCAGAGAAUCCACACUGGAGAGAAACCUUAUAAAUGUGAUAAUUGUGGCAAAGCUUUUAAACACCAUUCAUCUGUUCUUGUUCACCAGAGAAUCCACACUGGAGAGAAACCUUAUGAAUGUGAAGAGUGUGGUAAGACUUUCACACAGAGCUCCAAACUUGCUCUACAUCAGAAAAUCCACACUGGAGAGAAAACCUAUGAAUGACAUGACUGUGGCAAAUCUUUUAGCGAUUGCUCAUCUCUUGUUCAUCAGAGAAUCCACACUGGAGAGAAACUUUAUGAAUGUAAGCAAUGUAAAACCUUCUGGAAACAGUCAUCCCUUAUUUCCCAUGAGAGAAUUCAUACUAGAUAGAAAUCUUAUCAGAGCAAUAGAGAGAAAAUGCAUUGAAAAGGAGUACAAAGCUUUAUUAGUCAUUCUGAGGACAAGCUGAAUAUGGAUUCAGUGUGGGAAGUCCUUUAGUCAGAGAUCAUCUCUUACUUACAGACAUCAUCAGAGGAUUCAUAGUGGAGAGAAACCUUAGAAAUAUGCUCCCAGGGACAUGCCUUUUGCUGUGAGUGAGAAGUUCCUCAACAUCAGAAUCUUCACACUGGAAGGAAAACUUAGAAAAACCGUGAUAGUAGGAAACUCUUGAAAUGGAUUUAUUCUUGACUGUACAUUGGAGAAUACAUCUUGGGCAUCAAAUUAGGAAAUAAGUCCUUCUUGCAUUAGCACAGAUUUAAUUAGACAAUCUAAAUUUCACAUUGUGCACAAAGUCCCAUAUAAAUAAUAAAUUUUUUCUGAAAUGCUAUUGUUCUCAUUACUCCUCAGUAAGCUUCCAUAGCACCAAUUAUGGCAGGAGAAUACAAAGCUUAGUAAGAGUCAUUCAAAAGACGAGCAAAUUCCUUUAAAAUCAUAAUUGGCUAAAUGGCAAAAUAGGCACAAAACUUCACUGUAUUUUAAUAACUCCUUCAAAAUUAGAAUGGAUCAAGUGGAAGCUAAGAAAUGUGUGAAUCAUCAAGAGAUAAUAAGACAGUCAAAAAGGAAAAAGUAGAAAAUUUCUCACAGGCAAAAUAGCUGAUUUGGAAAGGGGAUAAAGUCACUUUAAAAAUGAUUGAAGUAGGGGCAACUAGAUAGUCCAAGGGAUAGAGCACCAGUGUGAAGUCCAGAAGACUUGGGUUCAAAUCUGAUCUUAGACACUUCUUGGCUGUGUCACCCUGGACAACUCACUUAAAUUCAGUUGCCUAGACCUUACUGCUUUUCUAUUUUAGAAUCAAAGAUUGAUUUAAAUGCCCAGAAGCCAAGGUAACAGAAGGGCCUAGAUAUCCUAUAUCAAGAUAUUAUAACAGAAUACUACUCAGAAAUCUGAUAAGUAGAGGGCGAAAGCAUUUAUUUAUCAAUAAACCUGUUAGUUUUUUACAA